CAAACGGAAAAAUCCAAUAGAUUGUAAGGAGUAACACCAGAUAUUUGUAACCACAUUUCUGUAAGCUCCAGAGAUGUUAUUGGCGCUACUACCAUUGAUAACAGAGAAGCGAUAUCGCUUUGUUCGCGCGCAUUCAUAUUUUCAUAAUUGGAAUAGCUUUACGUCUGAACAUACGAAUUUAUAUUUAAGAAUGUAAAAGUUUCUUAAAACAUUGCUGAAUUGAUAGAUUAAAGCUGUGUUAAAAAUUCAAUUUAAGUUUAAGGAGCUUAUUUAAAAAAAACUACUUAAAAACAAUUAUGCAUAAAUGUGAUAAUAGAACAAAAUGAACAGACAUGAAUAAAAAGGGUUUAUAUUGUCUAUUGAAAUGACAAGGUUAUAUAUAUCGCGCUGUAAUUAAUUGUUUACUUAUGGACAAUAUUUAGAAAUAAUCAACAAUAUUUCAAAUGGUUAAACAUUCAUUGAAACUACGGUCGAAUAUAUCUUACAGACCAAGGACUUAUACAUCACUUUGCAUGAGCGAUUUUUCCUAAAAGAUCGUACAAGCUGUUGACCAUCAUGUCGUUACACAAAUUCGAUUUACCCUCAGGGGGAGAUUGUACUAUUAAUGUAACGUCCUUGAUGCUCCAACUCGGCAAUAUUAGUGCUCUUGCCGAAUCGCAACAAACAGAACUGUUUUCACAGGUGAAACAAGCUUGUAAUCCUGAAAACCACAAUCAGUGGAAAAGCGACUUGUAUAAAGACUUCCCAGAAUAUAUGGUUCCAAAUCGUUUUUUAUCUUUGUAUGUUCCUCCUGUAUUGUUGGCCCUUGGAACAUUUGGUAACCUCCUCUCUUUCAUAAUAAUGGCCAAAAGUAUGCUUAAAGUGAGUACAUACAGUUAUCUUGCUGUCCUAGCAAUCAUGGAUAUUUUAGUGCUUUAUGUCGGGCUACUGAGGAUGUGGGUUGGCCAGUUUUCAAUGGAUGUUCAGCAUACAUCAAACGCUAUGUGUAAAUUAGUGAAUUUUCUCGGAUAUGUGAGCAGUGACACAUCUGUUUGGCUAAUUGUAGCCGUGACAAUUGAACGAUUUAUUGCUGUGAAGUUUCCGCUCAGAGCUCCGCGCAUGUGCAAUGUCCAUCGUGCUAGAUUUGUCAUUUUGUUAAUAGUAACAAUAAUAUGUUGCAUUAACGCCCACAUUAUCUGGACUGUUGAGCUUCAAUAUAUAUCAAACAAUGGUACAAAAUGUGAUGCAAGUUUAAUACAUCUAGUUCUUGUUAAAGACGUGUGGCCUUGGGUGGAUGCGGCAAUAUACUCAUUUGUGCCGUUUUAUGUUAUCUCUAUUCUCAAUUCGCUCAUAGUUAGACAAGUACUUUUUGCGAGAAAGCGACGUUCACAAAUGCAGCACGUAGAGCUUACGUCAAAAUAUAGCAGUUUUGUGAAUAAGUCACAGCUUAAGAAGUCAAACGAAAGCAGUAAGAAGCUAACUAUUAUGUUGCUAGCAGUAUCUUUUACGUUCUUGCUAACAACAUUACCAAUGAAUCUGCUGCAAAUCGUGUCCGCGUUCUUUGGAUCUGUUGCAGAUGAUGCUAAAAGAUUUGCACAAAUGACACUCGGACGGACAAUUGUUGAACUGCUGAUGUACGUAAAUCACAGUAUCAAUUUUUUCCUGUAUUGUGCAACAGGUCGGAAGUUCCGACGUCAAGUUAAAAUAAUGGCAUGCCUUUGUUGUUCGGGCAAACUCAUGCAAUAUUUGAAGCGUGAGCGCAGAAGAGGUGGAGGGGGUAGUCCAACAACAAGCUACCGACUGUCUAGGCUGAACUCAUUUUCAAGCCCAAGGUCCGUUGUCAUCGAAAAUGACAGGCGAUUUAUCGUUGGAAAUAAUGGAAAAGUUUAAGAUUGUAAUUUAUUUGAUUGUAAAUAAAUCAAAACAAUGCAUAAAGUUAUCUUUAUAUGUUUAUGGGCCUUCGCUUGUUUAAUAAUUGCAUUGAUUUAAUAAUAAUCAUUCUACAACUUUAUGAUCUUUUUUGCUGAAAACCCGGACAAGUUUGUGAAACAAACGAGGAUAGACAUUAGAGCAUACUAGUGGAAAACUCAUUUCUAAAAUUAGUGACUGAAACUUGUUGUUUGAUUUCGUUAUAGAAACUGUAUGGUGUAAAUGCAAAAGAGAUAUAUAGUGCUUACAAAUAUAUCAUUCAUUAAAAUUAGUAUCUUU